AUGAGCUCAAUUGGAUUAGCCCACAACGUGUCCAUUUUAGGGUCGGGCGAGACCACCGUAGUCCUCAGCCAUGGUUACGGCACCGACCAAUCCGUGUGGAAGCUUCUCGUCCCCCACCUCGUAGACGACUACAAAGUCCUGCUCUACGACAAUAUGGGCGCGGGGACCACCAAUCCCGACUAUUUCGAUUUCGAGCGUUAUUCCAGCUUGGAAGGCUAUUCCUAUGACCUGAUUGCUAUUCUGGACGAAUUCCACGUCAGCAAGUGCAUAUACGUGGGCCACUCCAUGUCAGCCAUGGCCGGAGCCGUGGCAUCUAUUUUCAGGCCGGACUUGUUUCACAAGCUCAUCAUGAUUUCGCCGUCCCCAAGGAAGGAGAUAGAUGAGGUGGUGGGGUCGAUGGAGGAGAACUACAAGUCGAUGGCGCUGGGAUCUGCGCCGCUUAUACUGGCUUGUGACCUGGAAUCGGCGGCCGUGCAGGAGUACGUUAGGACCCUGUUCAACAUGCGGCCUGAUAUUUCGUGCUGCAUAGCCCGUAUGAUAUUCGGGCUCGACCUGAGGCCCUACAUCGGCCACAUCAAGGUCCCGUGCCACAUCAUCCACAGCGCCAAGGACUUUAUGGUCCCAGUUGCGGUGGGAGAGUACCUGUGCAAACACUUGGGAGGUCCGUCGGUUGUGGAGGUGAUGCCAACUGAGGGCCACCUGCCGCACCUCAGCGCGCCGGAGGUCACAAUUCCGGUGGUGCUCCGCCACGUAAGACAGGACAUCGAGGUUUAG